CUUGUUGCAUUGGUAUAUUGCAACAAUACAUCGCAGCACCAGAACGCCACAGACAAUCAGCUGGUGCAGAAAAGGCAAAGUGACAUCGGCCUGGAGAUAAUGAACACGGUCACGGAGAGCUAUCUUCCCCUAAACUCUAAAAGGAAACAUAGAGAGAACAGCAAAUCGCCGGCCAAGCGUCCCCAAGACAUGCACAACAGCAGCGAUGGCGAGCAAGGUGGGCAGUUGCUGGAUUGUGCGGGUCUGUCUGCGUCAGCAACCGGCAAAAAGCCCCCUCGGAUGCCGAAGUGUUCUCGCUGCAGGAACCACGGCUAUGUGUCCCCCCUGAAGGGCCACAAGAGAUUCUGCACCUGGAGAGACUGUCAGUGUCAGAAAUGUAAACUGAUUGCAGAACGACAGCGAGUCAUGGCGGCCCAGGUAGCACUGAGGAGGCAGCAGGCACAGGAGGAGGAGCUGGGCAUCUGCAACCCUGUUCCACUUCCAGACACAGAUCUGCUCAUCAAAAGCGAAGGCACUGGAAACAGCUCCUGCUUGUUUGCUCCAGGGGGAGGGUCCCCUUCUUCAGCCUCAGCCAGCACAGCACCAUCCUCUUCAGUUACAGAGAGCCGUACCAAUCUGCAAGACAGUCCAUCUGUCACCAGUAGAGGGCACACAGAGAGCACACCUGAGCUGAUUGUUGAUUCCUCCUACUACAGCAACUUCUACCAGCCAUCCCGCUACCCAGCCUACUACAACAACCUGUACAACUACCAGCAGUACCAGAUGCAAAACAGUGAGAGCCGUUUAUCCAGCCACAACGUGACACCUCAGUACCGGAUGCAUUCAUACUACUCUGCAGCCUCUUACCUGGGCCAGGGCCUUGGCACUGCUGCCUGUGUGCCUCAGCUCUUCACCCUGGAAGACAACCCAACCUACACCGAGCCAAAGACAAGCCUAUUUUCGCCAUCAAGUAGCCAUGAUUCGGGACUUGCCUGUCUAUCCAUCAGCUCCCUGGUUGGCUCUGAAAGCACUAAGCAGGAGUGCGAAACCAAUUCUGAGUCUGGAGCCUUCACCGUGGAUUCCAUCAUUCAGGGGUCCAGUGAGUAACCCUGGGCAGGCUGUCAGCAGGGGCCUAGGUGAACAGGCUGCUACUGGUAUUUCCGUUCUAAAAGAAUGGACCUAUCUGGAUCCUUCACAAUCUUAACUUUAUACUUAAGUUUGCCCUUUGCCAGUCAGACUACAUUUAAAUUUUGUUCAAAGAAAAUGUGAAUGAGAAAGUCAUUGCAUAUGCCCUGUGUAAAACAAGUUGUAUACAGUAGAACCUUGUAGUUAUGAACACCUUGGGAAUGGAGGUUGUUCGUAAGUCUGAAGUUUUCAGUGGUUUUAAUAAAUGUGCACUCCUGCUAUCUACAACCUUACUCUGGCGUAUAAUACAAAGACACAGCACAGUAAUGCAGUAUUCAUUGUUAUGGUUUGAUAGGCUUUAAAACAUUACUGUACAUGGUAGUAUACCAGUUUAACUGAAAUCGUAACUAGCAGAAAUACAGAUUUAAACAUCCAGGAAGAUAUGGUUUAAUGUAAUGCUUGUUUUUAUUUUAGACAAAAUGCAUUCAUGCACCUUGCUGAGUCAUUCAGCCUCUUUCCAUUUGGGGAAAAAAAAAACUGCUUUGUUUAAAACUAAAAUGUUCUGAGUAAAAUUGCAUUUACUUGCUUUGAAAUCUGCCUCACCUUUGUCUGGAUACAUUUCUUGGUUCAGUAAUUUUGCCAUCUUCAUGACCAGCAAGCCCACUUAUAAGUAAGACUGUAUUUUAUUAAUGGUUAUCACGGAUUUCAUGAUUUCUAUGAAAUUGCCAUGUAAUAUGUAGUUCCCUGUUAAAAUUCCCAUUUCUGAAAGAAUAGUGUAUAUAUAUAUAUA